CGCGUGGAAGUCUUGGAUUACUUUUCGUGCCUCACAUUGCCAGAGUUCCGCGCGGCGCACUAAAAUCAACCCUUUUUUCGUUAAUGAAAAGCAGGGACUAUUCGUAGUCUUGGUGACAAGGGGGGAUUAUUUAUUUGUUCUCGAUGGAGCCUAAUAACGCGACUAGCUUCGUUGACCGCUUUCACUACCAAGAUAUCAUUAGUAAUUCUCCUUACUGUCUGCCAUAUAAUUCUUAUUAUGUUAGUUAGGAGAAUUUGGUAUUGAAUCAACUGAUAUUGCCCUGAUUUUCUUUCCUCCUUGUUCUCAUCACAUGUCUAUUUGAUAUUGUUUUGAUUUUGUAGAGAGAAAUUCUACCUUGGUCACUCAUGGGAGCUGAAGGGUUAAUGUGGUCUGUCACACUCUACUCAUGUGCUCCAUCAAAAUACUCGUCACGUGGCCAACAUACACUUGUAAACGUUCAAAACAAACCCUGCUUUGAUUUAAUAGGACUUCUUUCAUGAGGAUUUGCUACUCCUCUGUUUUUGAGAAACUUUUCGUGCGUGAGAACUUUCAAUUUGACUCCGUUAAUAAUUCCGUCCUGGAGUCAAAGUUUGUCUUCAGUCAUCGUGUUGUUACAGGCACAGGCAGCAACAUGACUCUCAUCAAAUGCUGGCCGGACCCUUGUAUAAGCACACGACUAAAGCGGCCACUUGAUCUCGAAGCGACAACGGAAAGCUUGCACUGCAGGACACAAAUGGUUGAAACAGACUGUUCAUCGCAAGAUCACGAUUGCAUGUGUCGAUAUUUCCCUGCUACUUGUCGCCGGAUUUUAAACUGGAUAAGUGACACUCGACCGUACAUAGCCCCAAAAGAUCCCGAAGCGAGGAUAUGGUAUGAAAGGGGGAAAUGCUCGCGGUUAAACCUCCUCUUUCCGUUUCUGACGUUGCUUCUGGCGUUAGUGGACACGGCAAUGGAUGUAAGAGUGGCGGUAUCCCAUUACCGCCGUGGUGACAGCAUCUGGGCUUCGUUCACGCUCUCCUUUGUAAUUAUUUCGGUUGUCAUCAUUGAAAUAGUGUCUGUCAACUGGUAUCUGGAAGAUGAAAAGGGUCAUAAGAAGAAAAUCCUCAAGAAACAUGGACUUGAGAUAAAAAAAUGGCAUUAUUUAGUGUGUCAUGUUUUCCUUUGUGGAAGUCUUUUAAGAAGCUGCCAGAUAUUUAAAACCGUGCGUCUUAUACGACAAAUCAAAAACCGAACAUCGGACGAUAAAGACGAUAAAGAACGUUAUCGCUUGUACAUCGCUCAGCUGCAAGACGUGAGUACUCUUGGUGUCUUAGAGGCGUUUAUGGAAGAAGCACCUCAGGUUGCCUUACAAAUCUACAUCUUACUACGAAGGGGUGGUGUAGACUUAGGGUCGUUUGAAGAUCUGAUUGUUGUUCUCAGCAUACCAAAAUCGCUUGCUCUUUUCGCCCUACAUCUUUUGAUCUAUGCGCGAUAUCUCAAAGACGGAGAUGAGGAAAGUCCACAGAUGAGCUGGUGCAGCUUUGGUUCACUUUUGUAUUUCGUGUGGCGCCUGUUUAUGCUCACAUCCAGGAUCUUAGCCCUCGCUCUAUUUGCUUCUCAUUUUACUCGCUUCGUGUUUGUGGUUGCCGGAAUUCGCUUAAUUUUAUCAUACGCUCUGCUAUGGAGACAGAAAUGCGAAUAUUUCGAGGGCGCUCCGAUUAAACAGGAAUUAUUUAGAUGUGCUAUUGCGUAUGUCCACAUGUUCUGCUUCUUUCCACUGGAAGGCAAAAACACUCGUAAAUGGGGAUAUCCUUAUUAUAUCUUGACUUUAAUCGAAAACAGUACUAUAGUGCUACUAUGGAACUUUGUGGCCAGAUACAACCUGAAAUUUAGGAUAACAAUGCUAACUGCAGAAUGGACGACUUUUGCAAUCGGGAUAGCCUCUUUAGUCUUAUUCUAUCGCUGUUUCCAUCCUUCAUUUUAUCUGCCUACAGAGAGAUCAGCGAGACAGGUCCAUAAUGUGGCUGAAAACGGCUCCAUGCACCAAAGUAGUUUGACUUGUAAUGUCAGUCACGUGUGAGAGAAAAGAGUAUCGUUUUCUUAGGAGUGGUACCGACCAGGAGCCCACUUAUGACCAAUUUUUAUCCCCCUCCACCCCCUCCCCCGCU